AUGAAGCUGCAGUCUCUUGUCGCCCUCGCCCUCUCGGGCUAUGCCACUGCCCAGAGCCGUGUCAACCUCACUGCUGCUCUUGAGUCUGAGAACUCUACCCUCUCUGAGCUCAGCGGCCUUCUUCGUGCCCAGCCCAGUCUUCUCAGAGACCUUGGCCGUCUCAGGAAUGUCACCAUCUUGGCCCCAAGCAACGAUGCCAUCAAGGACCUCCUCAAUGACACCGCUGUCGCCCGCAUGGUCGAGAACGACCCCAGCUCCGUCGCUGCUAUCCUUCAGUACCACGUUCUGAACGGCACCUACUAUGCCAGCAACAUCAGCGACACAGCCGCUUUUGUCCCCACGCUCCUCAACAACGCGACUUAUGCCAAUGUCACCGGUGGCCAGCGUGUCGAGGCCAUGGCCAUGGGCGAUACCGUCAGCUUCUACAGUGGUUUCCGCCAACAGUCCAAUGUCACCAAGGCUGACCUCAACUUCACCGGUGGUGUCAUCCACAUCAUCAACAAGGUCCUCGCUCUUCCCAAGAACCUUUCCGACACGGCUAUUGCCGCCAACCUCUCCGCCGUUGCUGGCGCUCUCACCGAGUCCAAGCUCGUCACAAACCUCACCAAUGAGAAGAACAUCACUGUCUUUGCUCCCAGCAACAGCGCCUUUGCCAACAUUGGCUCUGUCCUCUCCAACUUGAGCGAGUCUGAUCUCGAGAGCAUUCUCAAGUACCACGUUGUCAACAACACUCUUGGCUACAGCUCUACCCUCAAGAACGGUUCUCUUACCACUUCUGAGGGUGAGAAGCUCAACAUUGUUGUCCACAACGGCACUGUCUGGGUCAACGAGGCCAAGGUCAUUGUCCCUGAUGUCCUCAUCGCCAACGGUGUCGUCCAUGUCAUUGAUGCUGUCCUCAACCCCGACAAGCCUUCUGCCACCGCCAACCCCACCGCCAGCACCCAGGAGGCUGCUUUCUCCGGCGCCAGCUCCGUCAGCGACAUCCCCUUCACAUCGGGUGUUCCCGAGAACACAAACACAGCUGCGGCCACUGGCCUGUCGCCUUCGACCUCCACUGAAGGCGCUGCCCAGGCCACUGCUGCCAUUGCGCUCGGCGCCCUUUUCGGUGGUGCUGCCCUUGUCAUGAACUUCUAAGCUUGGACGGGUUAAUGGUUAAUGGUUAUGUGAAUAGUAUGGAUUAAUGGACGAUAGUAAUGAUGGAUUGAAUACAUAAUUUGACCCA